GAAAAGGCGAUGCAAGUGGAAGGAGAGUCGGCCGAACCGCGAACGCGCGUCGCCUUACCCCCUGGUUCUCGCCAUUUUCAGCUGGGCGGGCGAGCGAGAGCGAGAGCGAGAGCGAGAGGCGGGGGAAGAUCGAAGCUUUUUGGGUUCGUCGAAGCCCUAGAUCUGGUUUGCUUUUGAUCCGUCAGACGUGGUCGGAGGUGGUGGUGCAUUGGAGGAGAUCUUUGAAUGGCUCAGCUGCAGGCGAUUGGGGCCUAUUCUUCUCCAAAGAUUUCGGUCCAUGGAUCGAGGACUUGUGGAACACCCACUUACCGGGAUAACUUAUGCUGCUUUAAGAAGUCCAACUUCCACCGGGAGGUGGGUGCAAGGUCAAGUGGGUUCUGUGGUAAUGUGAUCAUUCACCAGAAUUCACAACAAACAUGUGUUUAUCGGAACCAAGCUAUUCAGUGUGUACUGGCUGGCGAAAAAGGGACAGAUGCCAUAUUUUCAGGAAAAACUGAUAUCUAUGGCAGUCAUAAUGGUAGCGGGUUGCGUGGGAAGAUGAAUAAAGUGGUUUUGGCUUACAGCGGUGGCUUGGAUACAUCAGUAAUUGUCCCAUGGCUAAGGGAGAACUACGGAUGUGAAGUUGUGUGCUUCACUGCGGAUGUUGGUCAAGGUGUCAUGGAAAUCGAUGGCUUGGAAAGAAAAGCCAAAGCCAGUGGUGCAAGUCAACUUCUUGUAAAAGAUCUAAAAGAGGAAUUUGUUAGAGAUUACAUAUUCCCCUGUUUGAGAGCUGGGGCUACCUACGAAAGGAAGUAUUUGCUUGGGACCUCAAUGGCUCGCCCUGUUAUUGCUAAGGCAAUGGUUGAUGUUGCUAAAGAAGUUGGUGCAGAUGCAGUCUCGCAUGGAUGCACAGGAAAAGGAAAUGAUCAGGUUCGGUUUGAACUUACCUUCUUUGCUCUGAAUCCUGAACUCAAAGUUGUGGCACCAUGGAGGGAAUGGGAGAUCACAGGUCGAGAAGAUGCUAUCGAGUAUGCCAAGAAACACAAUGUUCCUGUUCCUGUUUCAAGGAAAUCAAUUUACAGCAGAGAUCGUAAUCUAUGGCACCUUAGCCAUGAGGGAGACAUUCUGGAGGACCCUGCAAAUGAGCCAAAGAAGGAUAUGUACAUGAUGACUGUUGACCCAGAAGAUGCACCUAAUCAACCUGAAUACGUGGAGAUUGGGAUCAAUUCAGGCAUACCUGUCUCCCUCAAUGGAGAAGAACUCACCCCUGCAUCCCUCCUCGCGGAGCUCAACGAGGUUGGCGGUAAGCAUGGGAUUGGACGCGUGGACAUGGUCGAGAACCGGCUGGUUGGCAUGAAGUCUCGCGGCGUCUAUGAGACGCCCGGCGGCACGAUCCUUUGGACCGCAGCCCGCGAGCUCGAAUCCUUGACGCUGGACCGGGAGACCAUGCAGGUGAAGGACGUGCUCGCCCUCAAGUACGCCGAGCUGGUGUACGCCGGCCGCUGGUUUGAUCCGCUCCGCCGGUCGAUGGACGCCUUCAUGGAAAAGAUCUCGGAGACCACGACCGGGUCGGUGACUCUCAAGCUCUACAAGGGGUCGGUCAGCGUUGCGUCCAGGAGGAGCUCAUGCAGCUUGUACAGAGAAGACAUCUCAUCCUUCGAGAACGGCCUGAUCUACAACCAGGCUGAUGCUGCUGGAUUCAUCCGGCUAUAUGGGCUUCCUACCAGAGUCCGGGCCAUGCUUGAGAGGGGCAUCUGAGAGUUUCCUCUUCUCUUGGCUGUUGUGAGAAUUUGGUGGUGCAAGCAUAGCAUAUUUUUUGUAGGCUUUUCUCAUUAAGGUUCUCCUACAUGUGCUAUACUUUAUAUCUGGGUACGGGUAUUCUAAAUGCUGUACGAUGCUGUGCACAGUCUGAUGGCCUGAUGGUAUGGUUCUUGGGUCGGCUGGUUGGUAUCAUUGCGCAUGGGAUGUGGGAAAUGGAUGCCGCAACAACUGAGAUGAUGUGAUGGAAAGGUGGCGACUGCCUCAAUCAUUCUUGUGGCUUGUUGGUGUGGGGCUCUUCUGGAGCAGGUAAGAGCCGUUUUUGUGGUCAGAAUAUUAUCAUUGCACUGUGUCAGAAUGUUGAUUGAUGGCUAUGUGUCCAUUUCUGACACCUCUGCUGCUGAUUGACAUUAUUAUUUUUUUUGUGGGUGGUGCUGAGGUGGGUAAUAUUUCCUUGGUAAACGGAAGAUGCCUAAAGCUGCGUCUAUCAGUGGUUAUUUUAUUUUUAUCCAUCACAUCUUUAUUCUGGUCGAUAUGAUAUUUUAGUGGUAUCCUGCCAUUGGUGUGUCAGGGCAAGCGGUGAUUGUGGAAUGGACGGGAGUGUGAGCAGGGAGACUGCACUUGUGUAUACUGAAACUUGAUACUUCUAGUUUGGAAAAUCUACAAUUGUAGAAUUCUGGUUU